AUGGACGAAGAAUCUUUGAGUUCAACUGAUGAACAGUUGAUAAAACAAAAAAGAUUCUUCUCUUUCCUCAGUAGAGGACCUGUUACUCCUGUCCCUUUGCAUGAAGAAAGAGGUGAAUUACCAAAUUUGUUCUUACCUGUUAACUUGUUUUUCUCUUGGGUCAGUCCUGUAUUAAGAACGGGGUACAAAAGGACCAUAAAAGCUAACGAUCUUCCGAAAUUGAACAGCAGUUUGAGAGUCGAAGUAUUAUAUGAACGUUGGGAAGCUACUUUUAACAAAUACAAUGACAAAUGUAAGUUGCAACAUUUGGAGAAAAAAUGUAGAGAAAGAAAGGAGACUUUAGAAUCUUCAACUGUUGAUGAAAAAGUUGAUUUGGAAGAUUACAAAAUUCCUGCCAAAUAUAUUCUUUUCAUUAUCUUUUCUACUUUCAGGAAGGAAGUUUUCUUUUCAAUGGUUUGUUCCACAUUGUCAUCAAUUGCUUCAGCUAUGACUCCAUUAUUGACUAAGGAGAUUAUUAAUUAUGUAUCUUUGAUACUGAUAGGGAUAGAACAACAUCCGGGGAAAGCUUAUGGUUAUUCGAUAGGUGCAAUCCUACUUAAUUUGGUUGCGUUUUUUUUGUUGACCGCCAACUCAUUCUAUAGCACCCUUUCAGGUACUGAAGCCAAAGCAGCUUUAACCAAAUCUAUCCUCACCAAGUCAUUCAAAGCUGAUAGUAAGUCUAGACACGAAUAUCCACCUUCAAGGUUAACAACUUUCAUUGGAACCGAUUUAGCUAAAUUGGAUUUGGCAUUGCUUAUGGCUCCUUAUAUUGUUGCUGCUCCUGUUACUUUGGUGAUUGUUAUUGUCAUUUUGGUUAUAAACUUAGGUGCAGCUACAGGUGCUGCGUUUGCCAUUCUUGUGAUAUUCCCAUUAGCUUUUGCUUUAAUCAUGGCAGCAAUGAUGAAAACCAGGAAACGUGCUUUGGAAUUUACGGACAAAAGAGUAGGAUUCUUGAAAGAGAUUGUCAAUAAUCUCAAAAUCAUUAAAUUUUAUAGUUGGGAAGAUAGUUAUGAAAAAAGUGUUACUGAUGCCAGAAUCAAGGAAUCUUCUUUACUUGUAAAAACUCAAGAUUUCAGAAAUAUGGGGUUUGUCUUGUUCAUAUCACUCACUCCUAUCAUGUCGACAGUAACAUUUUUGGUUUUAUACGCUAUUGGGUCGGACAAAAGAAAUGCUGCUAACAUCUUUUCCUCAAUUUUCUUAAUUGGACUUCUUGGUCAAGUUUUCAUCACUUUACAAUUGGCCAUAAGUUCAUUAUUGGAUGGUUUAGUGUCCAUGAGAAGAAUUUUUGCAUUUUUGGUAAGCGGUGAGUCAAGUGUUUCAGAAAAUGUUCAGUUCAAUGAUAGUUUACCCUCAGAAACUGAUUUCAAUCAACAUGUCAUCAAAGUAGAAGAUGCCUCUUUUGAAUGGGAAACUUUUGAAGAAGAAACUGUCGAAAAAUCAGAAUCAGAGGGGGAGAAGACGGCAGAUAAUAAUCAGUCGUUAGACAUCAAUAGAAAGUUCAAAGGUUUGAAUAAUAUCAACUUCAGUGUCAAAAAAGGAGAAUUCAUUAUGAUCGUAGGAUCAAUUGGUACAGGAAAAACGUCUUUACUUAAUGCAUUAUCGGGGCUCAUGACCCGUACAAAAGGUUAUGUUGAAGUGAACGGUUCCUCAAUAUUCUGUGGUACACCAUGGGUUCAAAAUGCAACUAUCAAGGACAAUAUUACGUUUGGAAAUGAAUACGAUGAAAUAAAGUAUCAACGAAUCAUAACUGCAUGUUCUUUGAAUGAUGACUUGAAAAUUUUACCAGCAGGAGAUUUGACUGAGGUAGGUGAGAGAGGUAUCACAUUAUCUGGUGGACAAAAGUCAAGAUUGAACUUAGCAAGAGCAAUGUAUGCUAAUAGGGAUAUAAUUUUGAUGGAUGAUGUAUUAUCAGCUGUUGAUGCCAGGGUUGGUAAGCACAUAAUGGAGGAAGGAUUUGUGGGCCUUCUUAGAGGUAAGACCAGACUUUUAGCCACUCAUCAAUUAUCUUUCUUGAGCUAUAGUGAUAGAGUGAUUUAUUUGAACAGUGAUGGUACCAUUGAUGUGGGGACUGCAGAGGAGUUAGAUGCUAGGAAUUUGAAUUUUUCAAAGUUGUUAUCUCACCAAGAUACAGGAGACAGUAAUGACAACUCAGAAGGUAUGAUUUUCAACUCAAGACCCGAAGUUACCUAUAAAACAAAGGUAACUGACACCGUUGAGCUAGAAAAGGAGCUUGAUUUAAGAACAGAUGGUAUGUUGAUUGAAACUGAAGUUAGUGCAGAGAGAGCGAUCAACUGGAAGGUUUAUAAGGCUUUCUUCAAAUUAGGAUCAAGAAGAGUCAACCCCAUUUUUCUUCUUAUCUUCACAGCGUUUGUAACAGCAUGUUCAACUUUCUGUGGAAUGUUUGUUGACACCUGGUUGUCGUUUUGGCUUGAAUUGAAAUUUCAAAGAUCAAACGGUUUUUACAUUGGUAUCUACGUCAUGUUCACUUUUGUAAACAUCUUGUUCAUGUGGUUACAAUUUACACUUUAUGUUAGUAUCGUUUUAUCUGCUUCCAGAUAUGUCAAUAUAGCAGCGAUAAAGAGAUUUCUUCACGUCCCAAUGUCAUAUUUAGAUGUCACUCCAACAGGGAGAAUCUUAAAUAGAUUCACCAAAGAUACUGAUUCUUCUGAUAACGAAUUGGUGGAAAAUCUUAGGUUAGGGGUAUUCUUAUUUGCUCAAAUCAUCGGGGUUUUGGUGUUGAGUAUUAUUUAUUUACCAUGGUUAGCUAUUGCUUUACCUCCAUUAUUUUUCAUAAUUGCUUUGGUUGGUAGUUAUUAUCAAGCAUCUUCUCGUGAGAUCAAAAGAUUGGAAUCAACUCAAAGAUCUUUAUAUAUAAACAAUUUCGGUGAAUGUUUGAGUGGAUCGGAAACCAUUAAAGCCUAUAAUGCCGUUGACAGGUUCAUGGAUAGAAAUGAUCUCUUCAUCAAUCAAACUAAUGAAGCUUCCGUGUUGGUCAAUGGAGUCCAAAGAUGGGGUAGUUUGAGAAUUAUCAUCACAACUUUAGUUUAUGUGUUGUUGAUUACUCUUCUUGCCAUCAAUAGGGUUUUCAAUAUCAGCCCUGCUUCUGUGGGUUUAGUUGUAUCAUAUCUGUUUGCUCUUCCUGAAUUAGCUGCCACUAUGAUAAGAACAUUAGCAUUAGCAGAAAAUGAAAUGACUAGUUUCGAAAGAGUUCAUGAAUAUGCUUAUGAUUUACCCCAAGAACUGAGUUACCAUAAUGGGGAAACCAAACCUCACGAUCAAUGGCCAAAUCUUGGUGAAAUUGAAUUCAGGAAUGUUUCCAUGAGAUAUAGAGCCGGUUUGCCCAAAGUCUUAAAAAAUGUUACAUUCUCUGUCAAGAAUAAUGAAAGAAUUGGUAUUUGUGGUAGAACUGGAGCAGGUAAAUCUUCCAUUAUGUCAACCUUAUUCAGAAUCACUGAAUUGGCAGAAGGUAAAAUAUUCAUCGAUGGGAUUGAUAUUUCCACUUUAGGCUUACAUGAAUUGAGGUCUAGAUUAUCUAUAAUCCCCCAAGAAUCUGUUUUGUUCUCAGGUAAUAUCAGAAAGAAUUUAGAUCCAUUUAACGAAACUUCAGAUGACAUUUUGUGGGAAUCUUUAAGGAGAGCUGGCUUGAUAGAAGAGAGUGUUCUUGAUGAAGUAAAGCAACAAACUGAUUCAAAGAACUUACACAAAUUCCAUUUAAAUGCUACUGUUGAAAAUGAAGGAUCUAACUUCUCCUUGGGUGAAAAACAAUUGAUAGCUUUUGCAAGAGCUUUAGUGAAGAAUUCCAAGAUUCUAGUUCUUGAUGAAGCUACAUCUUCAGUUGAUUAUGAAACCGAUGCUAGAAUCCAAAACACAAUCAUUGAUGAAUUCAAGAAUUGUACUAUUCUUUGUAUUGCUCAUAGACUUAGAACUAUCAUUAACUAUGACAAAAUAUUGGUUCUCGACAAAGGAGAACUCCAAGAAUUUGAUUCCCCUUUGAACUUAUUUAAAGAUCAAAACUCCAUAUUCCGUCUGUUGUGUGAUAAAUCCAAAAUCACCAUCGAUGAUUUCAAUUCUUGUACAUAA